GGAAGGAGUGAUGCAGGAGGUAAAUCAUAAAUUCUAACAGCCUGGGCGGACACUAUGAACAAACUUCAUCCACUGCUUCUUCUCUGAAUAUACGGUGAGGAUAUAGUGACAGGAGGCCAUGAAACUACCCUCGCACAUGUAUCCCUUGGAAGCCUCCAAGCACCCCAGCUAAGGAAGCCCCCAGGCGAGAAAAUGUCUAGCAACAAUGACUGGUUUCCGAGUUCCCGGGUCCCUAGCUUUGCUCAGAUGCUGAAAAAGAACUUGCCAGUUCAAACAUCUGCUCAGACAGGAACUACACCCACGGGAUACUCCUCAGAAAGUUACAGCCUGUCAAAUAUGGCAUCCAAGGUUACGCAAGUGACGGGUAAUUUUCCAGAACCAUUGCUUUCCAAAGGACUUUCAUCUAUUUCAAAUCCUGUCCUUCCUCCAAAAAAAAUACCCAAGGAGUUUAUAAUGAAAUACAAACGUGGAGAGAUAAAUCCUGUGUCAGCCUUGCAUCAGUUUGCACAAAUGCAGCGGGUUCAGCUCGACCUUAAGGAAACUGUAACAACAGGUAAUGUUAUGGGACCAUAUUUUGCUUUUUGUGCUGUGGUGGAUGGUGUUCAAUACAAGACUGGGCUGGGACAAAAUAAAAAGGAGUCUAGAUCCAACGCAGCAAAAUUAGCUCUUGAUGAGCUUCUACAGUUGGAUGAACCUGAACCAGGAAUUUUAGAAACAUCAGGUCCUCCUCCUAUCCCUGCAGAACCUGUUGUUGUUUCACCUGAACCAGCCUAUGUUUCAAAAGUACAUUAUGAAGGAAGACAUAUUCAGUAUGCAAAGAUCUCACAGAUUGUUAAAGAAACAUUUAAUCAACUAAUUUCUAGUAAUUCAGAAUAUCUGAAAUGUAGCAAUUCAUUGGCUGCUUUUAUAAUUGAAAGAGCUGGACAGCAUGAAGUUGUGGCCAUAGGCACAGGUGAAUACAAUUACAGCCAGUGCAUUAAGCCAAAUGGAAGAGUGCUGCACGACACUCAUGCUGUUGUUACAGCAAGAAGGUCUCUCCUUAGGUACUUUUAUAGACAACUUCUACUCUUCUACAGCAAAAAUCCUGCUAUGAUGGAAAGAUCAAUAUUUUGUACAGAACCAGCUUCUAAUCUACUAACUCUCAAACAGAAUAUCAACAUUUAUCUCUAUAUGAACCAGUUGCCUAAAGGAUCGGCCCAGAUUAAGUCACAAUUACGUCUUAAUCCACAUUCUAUAUCUGCAUUUGAAGCUAAUGAAGAACUUAGUCUCCAUGUGGCUGUUGAAGGCAAAAUUUAUCUGACUGUUCACUGCCCUGCUGAUGUUGUUAAUAGAAUAAGCAGUAUGUCAUCAAGUGACAAAUUGACAAGAUGGGAGGUGCUUGGUGUACAGGGUGCAUUACUGAGUCAUUUUAUACAGCCAGUUUAUAUCAGCAGUAUGCUUGUUGGUGAUGGGAAUUGCAGUGAUGCUAGAGGACUAGAAAUAGCUGUAAAGCAACGUGUUGAUGAUGUUUUCACUUCAAAACUUCCCAUGUUUUACUUAGUCAACAGACCUCACAUUAGUUUAGUACCUUCUGCAUUUCCACUUCAAAUGAACUUGGAAUAUAAAUCCCUGAGUCUCAAUUGGGCACAAGGGGACAUUUCUUUGGAGAUUGUGGAUGGCCUAAGUGGAAAGAUCACUGAAAGUUCCCCGUUUAAAAGUGGUGUGUCAAUGGCAAGUCGGCUUUGCAAGGCUGCAAUGUUAAGUCGAUUUAACCUGCUUGCCAAAGAAGCUAAAAAAGCAGAUUUACUUGAAGCUAGUACAUAUCAUACAGCUAAGAGUAUGUCUGGAGCCUAUCAAGAAGCUAAAACUUUGUUGAAAUCCUACUUAAAGCAACAUGGCUAUGGCUCCUGGAUUGUGAAAUCUCCUUGUAUAGAGCAAUUUAGUAUGUGA